AUGGCGACCAUUGCUCAGGAUGACAAGGUCAUCUACACCGAGACCGCUCUCGAGAAGGCCGAGACACCCACGCCAGGCACUCCAGACGAGAAUGACCCAAUCACUUGGUUCACGCCUGAAGAAGGCCGCAAGAUCAAGCACAGAAUCGAUCGCAGACUCGUAGUCGUCCUCGGCACGAUGUACUGUGUCAGCUUGAUGGAUCGCACAAACUUGUCCAAUGCUGCCAUUGCAGGCAUGAGGACUGAAAUGGAGAUGGUUGGAAACAACCGCUACGCCAUUGUUACCCUCGUCUUCUUCCUGACCUACACCCUCCUGCAACCCGUUGCUACGCCAUUGACCCGCAAGAUCGGACCAAAGAUCUUUCUCUCGAGCAUUUGCGCUCUCUGGGGUAUCGUCAUGAUUGGCAUGGGCGUUGUCAACGACUGGACACAUCUUGCUGCACUCCGAGUCAUCCUCGGAAUUUUCGAGGCCGGCUACUUCCCCGGAGCGGUGUAUUUACUCUCGACUUGGUUCGUUCGAUAUGAUGUCGGAAAGCGAUAUGCCAUUUUCUACAUGAUCGGAUCUUUGGCAAGCGCUGCAUCCGGUAUCCUCGCAUACGGCUUGAUGCAGAUGAACGGACUGGCCAACUAUGCUGGCUGGCGAUGGAUCUUCAUUAUCGAAGGUAUCCUCACCGUCCUAAUCUCCAUCCUCGGCUUCGUCUUUGUUGUCCCAUUCCCGGAUCAACAAGCCUGGAAAUGCUGGGGCUUCCUCUCCGAGCGUGAGGUCCGCUACGUGAUCGCCACUGUCGAGCACGACCGCGGUGACGCAAAGACUGAGGCUUUCACCAUGAAGCGCUUUUUGACCCCAGCACUCGACCCUAAGGUCUGGGGAUUCGCCCUCAUCUUCCUUUGCACCACCACCAUGGCCUACGCUCUCGCCUACUUCUUGCCAAUCAUUCUCAACCUUGGCAUGGGAUUCAGCGUCGCACAGAGUCAGUGCUUGGUUGCUCCACCUUACGCUUUUGCCGCUGUGGUCAUGUGGGUCGAGUCCUGGAUUGGCGACAAGUACCGCAUGCGUGGACCCCAGCUCAUCUUCAACGCUACUGUUGCUAUUAUCGGUCUUACUCUUAUGGGCUGGGCCAAGUCUUCCGGUGUUCGAUACCUCGGUGUCUUCAUCUGCUGCGCUGGUGUCCAAGCCAACGUCGUCAUGACCAUGUCUUUCCAGGCCAACAACAUCCGUGGACAGUGGAAGCGUGCUUUCUGCUCUGCCAGCUUGGUUGGAUUCGGGGGUAUCGGUGGUAUUGCCGGCUCUCUCGUCUUCCGCGAGGUCGACAAGCCAAGAUAUAUUCCAGGUCUCUGGGCUUGUAUCACUGCCAGCUUGCUCACAAUCGUGGUCACCUUGAUUCUGCAAUUGCACUUCAAGCUCCAGAAUCGUGCCGCUGAUCGUGGCGAGAAGGACAACUUGGAGGGCGGUGGCCCAACUUUCCGCUACACUCUGUAA